UACACCAACCGGGACUCAGACCAGAGGAAAUCGUGCUCGUCGGUAGCCAAGACCCGCACGCCAAGACUCAUCCACGGCGAGGAGCGGAGCAGAAAGCACCGGGGAGCGCCGGGGAGGAAGCACCGGAGAAGUUUGUUCCAAAGCGGCGGGGAGGAGACGCGGAGCUCCGUGCGGCUCCUGGAGGAGUAGAAUUACGCGCAGCUCAUUCCCAACAUUUUCUAUUCCUGGCAGCGAGUGUUGCUCUCCGAGCCACAUUUAUAACGAGAGCUAGCGGAAUGUAAUGCUAGCAGCUAGCCGCGGUUAGCCAGCUAAUUAGCUCGUCUGGACGUGUGGUCUUUAUUAAAAUAGGUCAGUUUGGCGUCUUUUCACUUUUUUUCAAAAAAGGAGGAAAUUUUUUAAAAAGGCCUCCACUUUACUUAAAUUCGUGUAAUAUCCUGACACGGUCAGAAUGGUGAGUCUGGCAUAGCUAACGCUAAGUUAAGACAAUAAACUGAUGAGAAUCUGCUCCGUUUUAUCUCCAUUGUGAACAUCGAGCGGAAAGAAGGAAACAAAACACUUUGACUGGAGACUCUCCGCCGUCCAAUGUUAAUGUCGACCGACGUUGCAUCUAUAAUGCUUCCCGUUAGUCGGGGGAUAAUGGACCGGGAAAGGGACAUUGAUACGGCAGCCGGACCCCAUGCGAACGCGGCCGGGGGUCCAGCGGUGGUCCGGGGGAUGAAGCGUGGAGACCCGGAGCCCGACGCUCAGACAGCGGCUGCCCUCACCGACCUGGCCGGGGCGGAGUGCAAGAGACCGCGGAUAGACGGGACCGGGGCUGUCGUUGGAGACAUCGGACAGAACAAUGAGCCUUUAAACCCCGGUUUCCAUGGAUACCCACCUCACAGUCAGGGCUCUCAGGAUUCGACAGGAGCACAGGAGGGUCUGGUGGCCCCGCCCUUCGCGGCCUUCCCCCCUCCACCGCCACCUCAGAACGGGCUCCCGGGAACAGAGUUUGGCCCCGGGGCCAUGUUUGGUGCCGGGGGCCAGGGUACUGCAGAAGUGGGGGCUGGUGCUAAUGGAGCUGCUGCUGCCACCGUGACCAACAACAAUAAUGGAAAGACGGAGGAGACGUCUCAGGGCGAGGCGGGCGUACAGUGCGCCACCGGAGGAACGGGAGCAGGCAGCUCCUCGGGCGACUCCUCCGAGGCCAAAGGGACCCCCAAACGCCUCCACGUGUCCAACAUCCCCUUCCGCUUCCGCGACCCGGACCUCCGGCAGAUGUUUGGGCAAUUUGGAAAGAUUCUGGACGUAGAGAUCAUUUUUAACGAGAGGGGUUCAAAGGGUUUUGGCUUUGUGACAUUUGAGAACAGCGCAGACGCUGAGAAAGCCCGAGAAAAGCUCCACGGCACGCUGGUGGAAGGUCGUAAGAUUGAGGUGAAUAACGCCACCGCCAGGGUGAUGACUAACAAGAAAAUGGUCAGCCCCUACCCUAACGGAGAGGCUCUCAGCACGCUGCCCUAUGCAGGGUGGAAGUUGAGCCCCAUGGUGGGAGCGGUGUACGGACCCGAGCUCUACGCAGGUGAGCUCGCCUCCACUCGACUGUCCACGUCCACAGAAUGCACAACUGUUUUAUUCAUAUUCCUGCGGCGCUUGUCCUGCAAUUUCUCGUCUUUCCAUUCAGUCCCAGGGUUUCCGUACCCCUCGGCCGCCGCUGCAGCAGCCACGACGGCGGCGGCGGCGUUCCGCGGCGCCCACCUGAGGGGCCGAGGCCGGCCCGUCUACAGCGCCGUGCGGGCAGCGGUGCCUCAGCCCGCCAUCCCCGCCUACCCUGGCGUGGUGUAUCAGGAUGGGUUUUACGGAGCUGCAGACUUGUAUGGAGGCUACCCUGCCGCCGCCGCCGCUGCCGCCGCCUACCGCUACGCCCAGCCGGCAGCCGUAACCGGAGCGACGGCCGCCGCCGCCGCCUACAGCGACAGUUACGGCCGGGUGUACACCACGGAUCCGUACCACGCUUUAGCUCCAGCUGCUGCUGCUUACGGAGUGGGAGCCAUGGCUAGUUUAUACCGGGCGGGAUACAGUAGGUUUGCUCCUUACUAAAAACCACAAAUCACACCCAAGGAAUUUCACUCGGCUCCCAAACCCACCUCUCUUGUCCAGCUCCUGGUUUGGCCGGAGCUUCCCUCCAUUUUUCAGCAGGCGGACUUUAGCGAACGACCCGUUUUUUUUUCUUUCCUCCUCCAUGUGGUUCAAGACGUCAUUGCCACAUCAUCCACUCAGACUGUUUCUGUAUUCUUCUGUCUGUCGCUGACAUGGAAACAAUGACACGGAAAGAAAAAAGAAAAAAAAAAAACUGCCACACGUUAAAAAGCUGGAGCCUGCUACUCUGAACUACCGGGGCACAAUUUAGGAUGGUUUUUAAAAAAAAACAACAAAAAAAAAUUAAAC